CUCGAGUCCGCGUGCGCCGUGGUGAAUCGUUCACGUACGCGGCGACGAUGCAGUACGGAGGCGGCGGCUAUGGCCAGCGCCAGCCCGGCGCGCCCAAGGCGCGCAUCGUCAUGACCGAGGCGCGCAAGUCCUACGUCAACAAGUGGCAGACGGAUUUGAUGGGGGCGCCCUGCGCCAACCCGGGCUUCUGCCUCUACGCGGCGUGCUGCAACGUCUGCGUGGCGUACUCGCACCGCAAGGAGAUCAUGUUCAACGACCUGACCAACUACACCUGCUGCAACGGCGACACGUGCAUCUCCGGCCGGUGCGGCGAGAAGUCCUGCCCCGAGUUUUGCCUGUGCGUCGAAGCGUUUUGCUGCUUCCCGUCAGCCGUCGCCACGAACAGAUUCAUGAUCCAGGACGAGAUGCGCGUGGAGAACACCCCGUGCGAUAACUUCCUCAUCGGCUUCAUGUUGUGCCUCAACCAGCUCGCGUGCAUCUUCCGCGUCGCCGCGAUGAUCUCGCAGAACGACGACAUCGAGCGAGCGGCGGACAUCCUCGACUGCAUGGCCGACGUCACCUACUGCAGCGUGUGCGCCUGCAUGCAGACCCAGCACCAGGAGCAGCUGAAGAUGAGGAACCCCAACGCGCGGCCGCCGACGCAGGGCGUCAUCUACCAGAUGCCGCCCGGCGCGCAGCCCGCGGGUGCGACGCAUUUCCAGCAGCAGCACUACCAGCAGCAGCAGCCCCCCGCGCCCACGUACGGCUACUCCCAGCCGCCCCCGCCGCAGUACGGCUACUCCCAGCCGCCCCCGCCGCAGGGAGGAGCGCAGUACAGGUACUAA